UAUUCUUGAUCAAUUCUCUAUAAGAUCUGUGAUCUUGGUUGAAGAAAAGAAUCGUCGCAGGUUGAUAACAAGGAAUGGCAAAGGAAGGGGGCUUGGGAGAGAACUCAAGAUGGAGUCUUGGAGGCAUGACCGCUCUUGUCACUGGUGGCUCUAAAGGCAUCGGGGAAGCUGUGGUGGAGGAACUAGCCAUGUUGGGAGCAAGAGUCCACACAUGUGCCAGAAACGAAACUCAGCUUCAAGAACGCUUACGUGAAUGGCAAGCAAAAGGGUUUCAGGUCACCACUUCUGUCUGCGACGUCUCUUCUCGUGACCAACGAGUGAAACUCAUGGAAACUGUUUCCUCUCUCUACCAAGGAAAACUCAACAUCCUCGUCAACAAUGUGGGAACGUCAAUAUUCAAGCCGACCACAGAGUAUACAGCAGAAGAUUUCUCUUUUGUAAUGACUACAAAUCUCGAGUCAGCUUUCCAUCUCUCACAGCUUGCGCACCCAUUGUUAAAAGCCUCUGGCUCAGGGAGCAUCGUGCUCAUUUCCUCUACUGCUGGAGUCGUGCAUGUCAAUGUUGGAUCCAUCUAUGGAGCAACCAAAGGAGCCAUGAAUCAGCUGGCUAGAAACUUAGCUUGCGAAUGGGCGAGCGAUAACAUAAGGACUAACUCUGUUUGUCCUUGGUAUAUCACAACUCCUUUGAGUAACGAUUUUAUCAACGAUGAAGAGUUUAAGAAAGAAGCGGUGCGUAGGGCACCGGUAGGACGUGUUGGAGAGGCAAAUGAAGUCUCAUCGCUUGUGGCUUUUCUAUGUCUACCUACUGCUUCAUAUAUUACUGGUCAGACCAUUUGUGUUGACGGAGGUGCCACUGUCAACGGUCUUUCCUUCAAGACUCUGCCUUAAAACACAUAUAUACUUACACAUAUAUGUGUUUGGAUCACAUUCUCAAUUAUUAAACCUACGGGUUAUAUACAUCGUCAAUAUGUAAUAAAUGUAAUUUAGAUGU